GUGCAAUGUAGGUAUUCAACGAUACUGGAUCAUAAUUCCAUUUGCCUCAUCAUCAACCACCACCAUGAAGGCCAGUUUUGUCGUUACGCUCGCCACCAGUGCGUCUGCUGCCCGACAAUCGUUUGAAUCGCUCAGCACGUCGGAACAAACUUCGUUGGAGCAACAACUGGACGAGUGGAAGGCGUUGUAUGGCCCUAUUGCCCAAGUCAACGGUUUCUUUCCCCGAACCAACACGGAAUCUGCCCGAGUCAAUGGCCAUUCUAUCGAUGAACUCGAGCGCUUCCACCACACCGUCCAAGAGGUUAAGCGCGCUACCGAAGCCAACCCGGACGCCGAGUUCAGUCCAUUCAACCAGUUUGCUCUCUUGACCGACGAAGAGUUCAAGGGCAUAUUGAUGAAGUCGUUUGCGGGACAAAAUUUUACCAACGCCGCACCCUUGCCCGAGUUGGCAAAUGAGCGCGCUUCUGAAGCGGACUGGUCGACAUCCAAGUGCAACUCCCCGAUUCCCAACCAAGGCCAGUGUGGGUCGUGCUGGGCCUUCGCCACAAUCGGGACGGUGGAGACUGCCCACUGCAUUGCCACUGGUGAACUCUUGGACUUAUCUGAGCAACAAUUGGUCAGCUGCUCCAAGAAUGGAGGCAACAAGGGCUGCAAUGGCGGGAGCCCUCCGGAUGCCAUUGGCUGGUUGCAACAAGGCGUAUGCACCGAGGAGUCUUACCCGUACACGUCCGGCAAAGGUGGUCAAACUGGUACUUGCCAAACCAGCUGCACCAAGAAGCAACUGAGCAUUGGCAAAGCCAAGUAUACGUCUGGCGAGGGUUCGCUCAUGACAGUUCUGGAAAGCCAGCCCGCCACCGUGGCCGUCGAAUCUGGCAACGCAGUGUGGCGCAACUACAAGAGUGGCAUCGUGUCGCAGUGUCCUGGGGCUCAAUCUGACCACGCUGUGAUUGCCGUCGGGUACGGUACUUCCACGACCGAUUACUUCAAGAUCAAGAACUCGUGGGGGACGCAAUGGGGCGAGAACGGGUACAUAUACUUGAAGCGAGGAAUGAGUGGCAAGGGAAUGUGCAACGUGGCCGAGGAAAUCUGGUACCCUGAAUUGGGCGGAUCGUCGCCGACUCCUUCGUCUAGCCAGCCGACCCCUUCGACUAGCCAACGGACUCCCAAACCGUUCCCAUCGGCUGUCCCAAAGCUCUCAACUAACACCCCUAUUACGUCGACGCCUUCGUCCAGCAAACCCACUUAUCCCACUCGCAGACCGUUCCCGUCUUCGUUCCCCCCCAAGCCCUCAAAGCACACCCCAAUGAUGUCAACUCCUAACCCUUCGAGGAACACCCCUAUUACCACCAAACGCCGAUGCACGAAGCGCCCUAAAACGACCAAGAAGCCCAAACCCACGGGACCUUCCCCUUCAUACACCCCUUCCCCCACGACUGAACCUUCUUCGACGUCAGCCUCAAACCCAAAGCCUACAACUCAAUCUUCCCCCACAUAUACCUCUCCCCCCACGACUCAACCUUCUUCAACCUCUGCCCCAACUCCGUCAACGCGAUUUGGCAACGGUGUGAAGGACCAACUGAUUGCCCAAACCAACAAAAUUCGCGCGGCCCACGGUAUCGGCCCGCUGACUUGGGACGAUGCGCUAGAACCCAAAAUGCAGGCUUGGGCCAAAAGUUGCCCUGGCUUUAAGCACGGGGGGCCCUCUGGCUGGCAAAACUUGGCCACCAACAUCGCGUGCGGGUCAAGUGGCAAUGACUGCAUGAAGGUGGUGGGGGCGUCGUGGUUGUGGUACGACGAAGAAGAAACGUUCUGGAACUACGACAACAACUCGUGCAACGGGGGCUGGGCCAAGUGCGGCCACUUCUCCAACAUGAUGAGCCCCGAAGUCAAGUCCAUGGCGUGCGGGUGGUCUGAAUGCGCCAACGGCAACUACGUAUGGUGCAACUACAACACCCCUGUGAAGAGCCCCAAGGUGGGCAAAAUUACCGGCAUGACCAAAACCGAGCUCAAGGCCAGCUUGACCGUCUAAGCGAUUUUCCUGCUGUAUAUUUGUAUGUAGUAGUAGCAGCUAACAGUAAACAAUGUUCUAUGUUACUUCACCC